AGACGGGGAACGGGGCGACCGCGGCGGGGCCUGUCCCGCGGGACAGCAGAGCGGGGCCGGCCCGUCCCACUGCCCCGCGUGGGGCCUCCAUGCACGGCCGGGGCGCGGUUCUGUCAGCGCGGGGCCCCGCCGGGCCCGGCUUGGCGCCAACGCCGCCUUGAGGGGAAGCGGCCCCGGCGGGGGGGAGCGGCUCCGCUCGGCGCUGCCCGCGGUCUGUCACCCUCGCUUUGUGCUGCUCGUCACAGCUGUGGUGGAGCGCAGACACGGAGCUGUGUGGACACGGAGCUGGGUGUCAGCUCGGGACGCGGUGCCGUUUUUCCCGACUCGCAGCCAGGGCGGUUUGUGAGGCCGGUCGGGUGUUGCUGAAAUCCUCCAGAGUUCUGCUGCGUUUGGAUAUAGUAACUCGUAUCGAUUGCAGCGCCCUGUGGGUUCCCUAGCACCGUGCCUUUGAGCUGUCUGAGUUUUGUAAACACUGGUGAGACUGAAGCCCUUUGGACGAGGCGCAUAUACUGUAAGGACACAGAAACGUGCAGUGAGUAGGGCUCAGUACACAUGGCAGAAUUAACAGCCAGUGUGUGCUACGGUGUUCUUCCUCCUGACCAAAGUUCGUUCCUGAAAGCAGUGUUUUCUGGGGCUUUUCUCAGCCCGUGUGCAAGAAAUUGCUGAAAUACCUCCUAAUAAAACGCUACUUUAAUUAAAGAGGCUGGUGACUCAUUUCCAGGGUAUAUUUCCAGUUUCAUUUAAUCUGAGAGAGGUUCUCAGGUUGUGUUUGUGUUAUUGUUCCAAGGCUGCACACAAACCCUGGGGUUCCUCAUGUCAGUCAGUUCUGCUGCAUGACACCUUCUGUUACUUGGUGCCAAACCUGUGUGAGCUCUGCAGUUGCAGUGCCAACCCGAGCUGUGCGCCAGUGGUUCGCCCUUGUUGCAUAAUGUUACUUCUUCGAUGUUACCUUUGCAGACAAAUCCGCUCUCCUUUUUUAAUGGCGAGUUUUAUUUACUAUUCAUGCUAUUUUGUGCAGUUAUGUUGGUGAUUGGUGCUGCUUACACUUAAUGCACGCACCUAACGGGAUACUGACCUGUGUAAAGGCAGGUGUGGUUGCCUCACCCAUAAGCUAUGCAGCCCAGUGUUAGUUUUCCUGAUGGGCUCUUUGUUUGUUUUUUCCCUCUGGUGCUUAUGUCAUCCUACAUAAAAGUGAUCAUUCUGUUUAAGUAAAUGAGUGAGAAUUUGGUUCUGAGCGCAGCACAAUCCAGAGAAAAGCUAAAGGUGCCAAAAUUACAACAGUUUGCUGUUACUAUAUCAGUAUAACUUUUGUUAUCUAUAAGUGUGAGCACUUGAAGCCUGUGGUAUUUAUAUUGAGAUCUGGGCUGUGACGUGGAGUCUCUGCCCAGAUGCAUUUGGAGGGGUAUGAUUCUGUUAGGAACCACUACAAAACCAUUUGGGUUUGUCCCACAAGGGUCAUCAGAACCGCAGUUAAAUGGUAUCACACAAGGUAGAAUCCUAUUGACCCUGUGAAGAGACGUCACCGUAUGGACAUGAGUGUAGGUUUAGUGCAGGCCUUUCAGUUCCCGUAGGAGUUACAAAACUGCAAUUGAAAGAAGAAGUUGUGUUUGAAGAGUUGUUCAGGGUUCAAGUAUUCUGCUUGGAUUUAAAGGAGAAAAAAUAAAUCAGUCCUGUUAACUCUAUUAGUGAUCAAAAUGAAGUUCUUGAUUAAGGAUUUAAACAGUUAGCACUGACUGUUUAAACGCCGUACUCAUAAUACGUGUAUUGCUGUGGUGGGGUAGGUGUAGUAAAUAUUGCUGUAGUAGGGGUGGUAAAUAAACUAGAAAUUGCUGUUCUCAAUUUGGUGUGACACCAUGUUUUAUUGAAAUCUGUGCUAACAGCAUUUCUGAAGGCUGGGCCUGGGGAUGGGGUGCGGGUGUGGGUGUCUUUUUCCCCCCUACCAUUUCAAAAGAGCCGUGCUGAUGGGGAUGGGCUUUCUGGGACGUUUGGACUGACUUCCCCUGCAGUUCUGCUCUGUCACUGAAGCAGGGGAACCUCUUUCCUCGUGUAUUCUAGGACUUUGAUUGUUCUGGGGUUCUUGGAAACGGUUACAGAUGGUUAUCUCAUGCUCAGUUCACACCGCUGCAGUUGAUGCUGUUCUGGCACACCUGCGUCUCCUGUAGGAACAUGCUUUGGUAGCACUGUGCUGGCAGCUGCACAGUCCCCCUGUCCACAGCUGUUCUGCAGCAGCUCUGCUUUGUGCCCGCUGGCUUUGAUAAAUGUGGGUGUGCUGCUGCAGUGCUAGAAGCAGAGUAAGGGCCAGAUGUGGUCUCCUGGGCAUACCAGGCCCAAAGAUGCUGUGGUGCUUUAAGUCAAACUUAAAACCAAUCCCUCCGCCUGCAGAUUGGUGCUGUACCUGCAGGCGGUGCUGUGUACCCCUCUGAGAGGCCAUUCCCUUUCAGAUAACAUACAACUUGAAUCUAAAACGGUACUAAAAUGUGGUGGCACCUGUCUGAUGGCAUUGCAGAACCCGUUUCAUGUUGAGAUGUGUCAGUUCGAUUUUUAGUGUAUUUUAAUGAACUGUAUAGAGAAGUUUGCUUUUGAUAGUGUCACUGUGCUAUUGCAGUGUCACAAAAUGAUCUCAGGGUGAGGGAAGGGCAGCAAUUGGGCAGCUGAAGGGUUUUUCUGGCAGAAAGGGAUUCUGAUUCUGCAAAUCCUUCUUGGUAAGCAACGAUGCCAGCGGUGAGAAAGCACUGGGGAAAGAGUGGGGUGUGUUGACUUGAGGGUUUGCUGCCUGAUCCCUGGGGGUCUGCCGGGUAGAAGUCAGCUUUGGGCUGAAUGCUCCUAUAUGUUGUUAGGAAAUGUCUGAACACAUGCAGGUGUUGUGUUGGAAAGGCAGCAGCAUUCCCUGUUGUAGUGCAGUGUUGGCAUAAAGGUGAUUUGUACCGAGUUCAGCAGUGCAGUGCUGCUGGCUCUGUAGCUCAUCCACCAGGUGGCCCACGUGUGCUUCUAAGGGCCCUGCAAGAUGUGAAGCUUCCCUGCUAAAUGUGCUUGUGUCCUUGUAACUGAAGUUAAAGCUCUGUAUCUUGAAAAAUACAGGAGCUUGUGUGAUGCUUUGUGCUUGUUUGAGAUACAAACACUUUAUAGCAACUAAAGAGCAUACUGGUUAAUGGAUGAGGCCUGAGUGCUGGCAGGGGCUUGUCCUCCAUGCUGAGCCCUGCACUAUGUGGGUGCUCUGCUUGCUGGGUUCAAGGAGGGGGGGCGAGGGUGAGGUCUCUUUGGUCUCCACCUGUAAUUCCUAAACUUCACUAUUUCUUUCUUUCCUGCUGUUUUUUAAAAGUGAAAUUAAGUACAGGAAAAGAAUAGUGUUUCUGAAUGAGUUCCUAACUUAAAUGUUUUGGGUUAAGCUCUAGCUAGCUUCUGUGUGGUAUUAGGUCACCAGAAAAUGUGUGCGUGUGUGUGUUCUUUUUCCUUAUGAAAUGCAGCCCCCUUUCCUAAGAAGGGUGCUGGAUAAAGGGAGGACUGUGCUCAUUGACUUCACUGCUGCACUUGACAAAUGCCUUCUGUGCUGUUGUUUCAUACUGUUACCCCACAGCAUCCCUGUGAAACAGGAACAGGAAAUCUUUCUCUUAUUCUUCUUUCUCUUUUGCUUUUUCUUUCCUUGGAGGGGAGUAAGCUGCUGUUUUUUCCUCUGCAUCUGACCAUGCUCCUUGCCUUCCUGCCCACUGUCAGAGUUUGUGCUGUCCUUGCUGCCCUCCUGCUCCUCUACCCUUGUCUGACUGGACAGGAUUCUGUGUGCGGGCACAGAUGGGAUGUUAUCAUGCUCUGAUGCCAGCAGCAACUUCUGCUUCUCCCUGUGGCUGUGCUGACAUGUUGAGGAUCUGCAUUUGUAUGUUUCCCCCCUUCCUGCUUUCUAGUUUCUUUUAAAUCUGUAGCUUUCAGCUUAUUGAGCAACAUACCAUGCAGCUUCUGCCAGCUGACCCAGGUGCAGAUGACUUUCUUAACACAUUGGCUUUGUGACAGAAGCAUCGGUUUAAGGAAAGAGAUUAAAAAAUGACCCUAUUGAGAUUUCUUUCUGAACUGUGUACUCUUAGUUUGCAUAGGAAAUAGGCAGCACGGCUUUGCUGUUGUUAGUCACACGGGUUAACUCUUGCUUGGGACUGGGAAGUAAUUGCUGUGUGUGAUGCUGUUUUUGCCAUCCUGGCAGUGGAAAACAUAGAUACCAGGCCACAAACUUAGUAAUGUAUUUUUGUUAGUAGCAUGACUUAGGAUUUAGUUCUAAAUUUUCUUACUGAACAUAUUUAAUAGCAAGCAUGAAAUGGAGUGGAUUUAAGUCUUCAGUGCAAUAGGAACAUAGCUAGGUGUCUCUUGUCAAUGCAUACUUCUGUAUGCUCUGCAUUAUAUAGAACUUUCACUUGAAUGUUGUUAAAAAAGGUGACCUAAAGACGAUGCAAAGGUUUUCCAGCUCAUGUCUCAGAGCAUGUUCAGAAACUGUGCUUGAAUGUUCUUUCAGUAACUGUAGGCAGCUGAUGAAGGCAGUAACAUUGGUUUUCAGGCACACAUUUCCGUCUGGUGCAGAUAGAGCAGAAACAUGUCUAUGGCUUCAGGCCCUAGAUAGGAAUCCAGGCGUUAUUUCAUGGUGAACAAAAUGAAGUGAUAAUGAUGGACAAGAUGUCAGAAAGGGGCUGUGUUUUGUAUUUAUUGAGGUGUCUUUGCAUAGUGGUACUUCUAAUGUAUAUACAGGUAUUUCUGGAUAAGUGAUUGUAAUGUCUUUGGACAUGUGGCACGGCAGCUCUGACAGUACCACUUGAAAGCUGGACAAAGCAGCAGAAGGCUGCAGUAUCAGAUGUCACUAGUAGAUUUGGGAAAGAAACUUCUAGAAGCUGCGCGAGCGGGACAAGAUGAUGAGGUUCGCAUUCUGAUGGCCAAUGGAGCACCUUUUACCACAGAUUGGUUGGGAACAUCUCCACUUCAUCUGGCAGCACAGUAUGGACACUACUCCACGACAGAGGUGCUGCUGCGAGCGGGUGUAAGUCGGGAUGCCAGAACAAAAGUGGACAGGACGCCGUUACAUAUGGCAGCUUCAGAAGGCCAUGCCAGCAUAGUAGAAGUCUUACUUAAGCAUGGUGCUGAUGUCAAUGCUAAGGACAUGCUCAAGAUGACUGCACUUCACUGGGCUACUGAACAUAACCACCAAGAAGUUGUAGAACUCUUAAUAAAGUAUGGAGCAGAUGUUCACGCUCAGAGUAAAUUUUGCAAAACUGCAUUGGACAUUGCAAUAGACAAUGGAAAUGAAGACCUUGCAGAAAUAUUACAGAUUGCAAUGCAGAACCAAAUCAAUACGAAUCCGGAGAGUCCAGAUACUGUGACAAUACAUGCAGCAACGCCACAAUUCAUCAUUGGACCUGGAGGGGUGGUGAACUUAACAGAUGAGACAGGAGUGUCUGCUGUCCAGUUUGGGAAUUCAUCAACGUCAGUAUUAGCCACAUUAGCGGCUUUAGCAGAAGCGUCAGCCCCACUGUCUAAUUCUUCAGAAACGCCAGUUGUGGCAACAGAAGAAGUGGUGACUGCAGAAUCCGUGGAUGGUGCUAUUCAGCAAGUUGUCAGUUCUGGAGGUCAGCAAGUUAUUACUAUAGUUACAGAUGGCAUUCAGCUUGGUAAUCUGCAUUCAAUUCCAACCAGUGGAAUAGGGCAGCCAAUAAUUGUGACCAUGCCAGAUGGGCAGCAAGUAUUAACAGUUCCAGCAACAGAUAUUGCUGAAGAAACAGUGAUAAGUGAAGAACCACCAGUCAAGAGACAGUGCAUUGAGAUUGUUGAAAAUCGUGUGGAGUCUGCAGAAAUAGAAGUAAGGACUCUAUUACAUGAUGAAAGAGAAACUCUUCAGAAGCAGCUGGAUGAGGCAAACAGAGAAGCACAAAAAUACCGUCAGCAGCUUCUGAAGAAAGAACAAGAAGCAGAGGCCUAUCGGCAGAAGUUAGAGGCAAUGAACCGCCUCCAGACUAAUAAAGAAGCUGUUUAAUAAAAAAGAACUUACUGCAUAGCCUGUUACUUUCAAAAACCUGCAGUACAAUCUUGAACUGUUCUCUGUAUAGGUGCAGACACAGGAUUACAUGAUAGAGAAGAUGCUACGAGUCGAUAACUGGACUUAAGCCGUGAGCUCUGAUGAGUUUCUUGUAACAUAAAAACUCUGAAUUUAGAAAUUGUGAAAAGUAUUUAAAAUGAAAUACUGUAAAUAGUUGUUUUUUUUACAGUUUCAAAAUGAGUUGAUAAAUCUUUUUGAAGGGAUCCAGAAGCACGAAGCCAAUGUUUUUGUGAAAUUUUUGAUUUUAAUAUGAAUCUAACUUCUGAAAAACAGAACAGUUUUAAGGGUGAUGUUGAUUCAUCUGACAACUUGAAAAUGAAUUAUGUGACAAAAGGAAUUAAAAGUUAUUUCUACGAGGUAACAACUUCUCUGAAUAAGACAUUUCCAGGUGGAAAUCUUUGUACAGCUUUAAGAAGUUGUCUCAGAUUCUCUGAAAACCAUUUUUUGGGUUUGUUUGUUUGGGUUUUUUUUAGGCGGUGAAAUUUUUAUAUUUAAUUUCAGAUAUAUCCAAGUAGAUUUACAUGUAUAUGAAGCUAAUAUUUUUUAAACUUUUUGGUUUGUACAUAUGCUGCAUGUUUUUAUAAUUUCUACACGUACAACUCGCAUAGGUAUUUUUCAGCAGAGAUGAGGGCAAAUUAUGAGAACAACGUUUAGCCUGUAGGUCAUUGGAAGUAAGCUAGCAGCUGGUUUUAUUGUGGAAGAUACGUUUCUUGAAGAAUGUAAUUUGUAAUUAAAAAACAAAACAAAACCAAAAUCUUAAUUUUCAUAAGAGACGAUUUAAAGUUUGAUGGUGGAGGCGUUGCAGCAUCAAUUUGUGUGUCUUGCAGUUUUCUGAGACAAACGUUUUAAAGUUUGGAAAUGAAUAGAAAAGAAUGUCUCCACUGGAACACAGCUUGUUAUUUUAGAGUAUUUUUAUUCAUCUGUUUUCUCCCGAUAGCCUUGAAGUCAUUUCAGUGAUACCUUUUUAUUCUAGACAGACUUUUGCAUUUUAAUUAUGCAAUUGGACAAGUAAUUUUUUAUGUUUUAGUGAUGCUGCUCCUUACCGGCAUCAUUGUUCUUCACUGUGAUACUGUGUCUGUGUGUGUCUGUGCAGUGAUAUGUUACACUUAGGAUUUAUAUAGCACAUUACAUCUUCAGAGCAUCAUAAAAUCUUUUAAAGAGCCCUUACUGUACUGCCCGAGGCAGGUAAGUGAGUGUUAUUGUCUCAGUUUUAUAACUGGUAUAAGCGCAACACAGGGAGUAUUAAACAAUUGGUCCAAGACCACAAGAAUCUGUGGUAGACCUCAGGAGUUCCUGGCUUCUGGUCCUAUGCUUAGACUGAGCUGCCUUAAGAUUGUUCAGUGCUGUGUUACAUUAAAUUUUAAACUACUGUGCAGGUUCCUUUUUUUUUUUUUUUUUUUUUUUUUUUUUGUAAGAUAAAACUCUUUGUGCUUUGCUUUGUUGUUCCAUGUUCCACUGCUUUUAUGGAAUUGUUUAUAUAAAGUUAAGCAAAAAGUCUAGUUUACCUAUACUGUAUACAGGACGAUUACCCUUAAAACUGUACUCUGGCCUACUUUUUCUAUUUUACAAUUAAAUAUCUUUUCCACA